AUUCCAGAAAUAAUAUUCGUUUUUGGCUUAUUUCAGAAAUAAUACACCGUCGGGGUCCGCUAACCCGAGUUUACAAAAUCGGGGUCGGCGAACCCGAAUUAGCAGAGUCGGGGCAGUGGAACCCGAUUUCUAGAAGAGCUCUGCUGCGGCGUGACAAUAAAAUAUAACUCGGGGUAGUGGAACCCGAUUUCAAUUAAUCGGGGUAGGUAAACCCGAUUUUAGCUAAUCGGGCCAGGUGAACCCGAUUGCAAUAAAUCGGGAUUGUUCAACCCGAGCACCAAUUUUUCCCGCCUUUUUGCGUUCACACAGUUUCCCGCCCGCCCUUGCCGCCACUCCUUCCCGGCACCCUUCCCGCCAAUCGUUGCCGGCACCAUCUCCCGCCAGUUUUUCCCGCCACCAUCUCCCGCGCUGGUGUCGAAAUUUAGCCUAUAAAAGCAGGCAGCGCUACUCUGGAUUGCACAAGUUCUUGUAUCUCUAUCUUUGUGCUGUUUGCUCACUGUUAGCCAUCAUGAGUGUGCCGUGCUCUGACCCGGAGUUUAGGCCGGUGAAGGCGAAGGCUGCAAGUUUGCCCCCGGGUGUGACUGCGGAGCGGUGUUGGUGCGGCCGUCUUGCUAAGGUUAAGCAGGUGGAGGAUUUCUCCGACUGGUUCGGGAUGAAAUUUUUCAUGUGUGCGAGCUAUGAGCAUGAUCCACCCCGUAGUUCAGCUUCGUCCUCCACCAGGCCGCCGUCUCCCCCGCCCCUAUGCAAAUGGUUUCACUGGAUAGACACGGAGCAGCCGGAUUGGGCGCGUCAGGAGGUUGAGGAGAAACACCGGCGUGCGUGGGCAACGUUCUUUGAGGAGGAGCGUUGGGAAAAGGUUCGUGCUAAUGAAAAAGCAGAGCGAGAGAGACAGAUACUGGAAACUUAG